AGUAGAUGUGUGAGGUGGAUCCUCACUUCUCGAGAGGCUGCAUGAGGAAAAAUGUGGGGAAGAAAGGAAAGGAGGAGCGCCUGGGCCUUGCCGGGGUGGCUCACCUCCUUGGCUCUCGUUGCAGCCCCCGUGUCCAGGCACAGCCCCUCUCCCCGGCCGUGAGGGGCGGGCGGGGGUGCGGGUCAGGCCGGGCAGCUCUGGGGUUUCCCCGCCGCACACACCCGCCUUGCCCGGCUCUGCUGAGGGGCGAGGGGGGGCUGCUUCGCGGGGGCCUCUCCCAGUCCGCAGCCCCGCGGCAGAAUACGAUGCCGAUAGCAUCCCUUCCCUCAGUCCUCUGCCCUCUAUAAAUAACUCUGGCUGGGCUGACCUGUCAGAUUCUCCCGGCAGAGCGGAUCCCCUGACCCUGGCCGCCUGCACUGGAAAGUCUGAAUGCAAAACAUGCCGUAGUAAAAAUAGAGCGGCCGGGGAGCCCCGCCGGCAGGUCCCAGCGGCUCCCGGUGCCGCCCCGGCCCUCGCCGCCCCCCUGGCGCUCCCGGCUCCCGCCAGUGCUGAGAGCUCCCCCCUGCUCCCAGAUCCAUGUGCGCUUUUGUGCCCCAGUGGUGAGAAUGCUUUUCUCGGUGUCAGAUGGAAGUUUCGUUUCUGCUGUGGAACAGAUAGUUCCCUUCCAGGUCUUAGGAACAGAUGAGGAUAAUAUGGGGGAUGGUUGCUCUCAGAAACUGGCUUCAGCCAAGUUCCUUCGACUUUUGCUCCUAAUACUGAUUCCUUGCAUCUGUGCCCUUAUCCUUUUGCUGGUGAUUCUGCUUACCUUUGUAGGGGUGUUAGAAAAAACAUGCUUUUAUUCAAAUGGAACUGAGGUCAUCACAGUUAAUGGUGACUUUGAAACAUAUGAUGAUCUUUUGCCAAACAUGGUUGAAAACAGUUCCAAGACUGAUCCCACAAUGGAUCUCAGCACACAGCCCUCUUCUUGGACCACCACGCUUUUAUCCCAUGUUGACCAAAUGAACAAGAACUCAAACAUGUUUAGAGAGUCUUUCCAGGAAAAUUCAUUUGGUCUCCCCACUCAAGCUACAGUGCUCAGUCAUCAGCCUACAAAUGAUGCUGCUUUGUCAGAGGGCUCUGAAGACAACACCCAGCUGUUUGCCACUGCAGAGGAGGUGACUUUGUGGUCUACAGAUGCAUCCUUUAACAACAUAGAGAGGAUGACCACUCCACCAGUAUUAAGUCCUACCCGUCCAUCUGCAUCACAAAAAAUGUAUCAGAAAAAAAGUGCCUGCAUAAAUAUCACCAACAACCAGUGCCAGAUGCUGCCAUAUAACUACACCACUGUAACUUCAAUUCUUUCCAUUGUCAAAAGUAUUGAAAUGGAAAAGUUCCUGAAGUUCUUCAGUUAUCUCAGUCGACUCAGCUGCUAUCAACACAUUAUGCUGUUUGGCUGUAGUCUUGCUCUUCCUGAAUGCAUCAGUGACGGUGAUGACAGUCGAGGCCUCUUGCCCUGCAGGACUUUUUGCGAGGCAGCAAAAGAAGGCUGUGAACCAGUCCUGGGUAUGGUAAAUGCUUCUUGGCCAGAUUUCCUGAAGUGCUCUCAAUUCCAAAACAAAACUGAAAAUGACACCACUGCAAGGGUAUGCUUCUCACCACACCAAGAAAAAGGAAAGCACUCACUGUGUGGAGGAGAGGAGAGUUUCUUGUGUGCCAGUGGGAUCUGCAUCCCAGGGAAACUGCAGUGUAACGGCUACAAUGACUGUGAUGAUUGGAGUGAUGAGGUCCAUUGCAACUGCAGUAGUGAUGUAUUUCGUUGCAACACGGGAAAAUGCCUAAAUUAUUCUUUUGUUUGUGAUGGAUAUGAUGACUGCGGAGACCUUAGCGAUGAACAAAACUGUGAUUGUAAUCCGGUAACACAUCAUCAGUGUGGAGAUGGAAGAUGUAUAACAGCUGAUUGGGUAUGUGAUGGUGACCAUGACUGUAUAGACAAAUCAGAUGAGAUAAAUUGCUCAUGUGACAGCCAGGGUCUCGUGGAGUGCAGAAAUGGGCAGUGCAUUCCUAGUGCAUUCCAGUGUGAUGGAGAUAAUGAUUGUAAAGAUGGAAGUGAUGAAGAAAACUGCAAUGAAAAUCAAACCCUCUGUCAGGAGGGAGACCAGAGGUGUUCUUCCUGUCCUGAUCCCUGUGGAGCUUCUUUCUGUGAGAUGAGAAACAGCCAGGCAAACUGCAGUCAGUGUGAACCAAUUACUCUGGAACUUUGUAUGAACUUGCCCUACAACUAUACUUACUACCCAAACUACCUGGGCCACAGGACGCAGAAGGAAGCCUCUAUCAGCUGGGAGUCUUCUCUUUUCCCAGCCUUGGUUCAGACCAAUUGCUACAAGUACCUGAUGUUUUUUGCCUGUACGAUCUUAGUACCAAAAUGUGACCCUCAUACAAAUCAGCGGAUUCCACCUUGCAGGACAUUAUGUGUACAGUCUAAGGAACGCUGCGAGGCUGUUCUUGGGAUUGUAGGUCUGCAGUGGCCAGAAGAUACAGACUGCACUCAGUUUCCAGAUGAGAACUCAGACAACCAAACUUGUCUAACACCAGAUGAAGAUGUAGAAGAAUGCUCACCCAGUCACUUCAAGUGCCGUUCUGGGAGGUGUGUCCUGGCAUCCAGAAGAUGUGAUGGUCAAGCUGACUGUGAGGAUGAUAGUGAUGAGGACAGCUGUGGUUGUAGAGAAAGGGGCCUGUGGGAGUGUCCUUUGAAGAAGCUGUGCAUCAAACACACUAUGAUCUGUGAUGGUUUCCCAGACUGCCCUGACAUGAUGGAUGAAAAGAACUGCUCAUUCUGUGAAGAGAGUGAACUUGAAUGUGCCAACCAUGAAUGUGUGCCACGUGAGCUCUGGUGUGAUGGGCAGGCAGACUGCAGUGACAGCUCAGAUGAAUGGGACUGUGUUACCCUGUCUAAAAACAUGAAUUCCUUGAUGCUCCUGACCAUUCACAGGUCAGCUACUGAUAACCAUGUUUGUGCUGAUGAGUGGCAAGAAAACUUAAGCCAACUGGCCUGCAAUCAGAUGGGUUUAGGAGGACCAUCCAAAACAGAAAUUAUAGUAGAGAAUGAGGAAAUGCAACACCAAAGAUGGCUGAAUCUGCACUCAGACUGGAAGAAUAAAAAUGCAUCCACUUUACAUGCUCUUCUAGUGAAUGGAGAGAUGUGUCAAAGCAGAAGCAAAGUGGCUCUCUUUUGCACUAAAGAAGACUGUGGCCGCCGCCCCGCUGCUCGCAUGAACAAGAGGAUCCUCGGGGGCAGGACCAGCCGCCCAGGCCGGUGGCCAUGGCAGUGCUCCCUGCAGAGUGAGCCCAGUGGACACAUAUGUGGCUGUGUUCUGAUUGCAAAGAGAUGGGUCCUGACAGUAGCACACUGCUUUGAAGGGAGAGAAAAUGCAGCUGUUUGGAAAGUAGUGUUUGGGAUUAGCAAUCUUGAUCAUCCAUCAGGCUUCAUGCAGACCCGGCUGGUGAAGACCAUCAUCCUCCAUCCACGGUACAACAGAGCAGUCGUAGACUACGAUAUCAGCAUUGUGGAGCUUGACAAGGAUAUCAAUGAGACAAGCUAUGUAAGACCUGUCUGUUUGCCCAGCAAGGACCAGUUGGUUCAGCCAGACACCUACUGCUACAUCACAGGCUGGGGACACAUGGGCAACAAAAUGCCUUUCAAGCUUCAAGAAGGAGAGGUUCGCAUCAUUUCCUUAGAACAAUGCCAGUCAUACUUUGACAUGAAAAUCAUCACCAGCAGGAUGCUGUGUGCUGGCUAUGAAUCUGGCACUGUGGACUCUUGCAUGGGUGACAGCGGAGGACCACUUGUGUGCGAGCAACCUGCAGGGCGCUGGACUUUGUUUGGUUUAACAUCCUGGGGCUCUGUCUGCUUUUCCAAGGUUUUGGGACCUGGAGUUUACAGUAACGUGUCACAUUUUAUUGAGUGGAUUGAAAGACAAAUAUACAUCCACACCUUUCUGCUAAAUUAACUCCAGAUGGUAAGAAUUGUGCUGACAGACAAAAGAAAAAAGGAAUCAGCACUUCAACACUGAAGGUUUUGCAGUUCAGAAACUCUAUAAAGUAGUUUCAAGCUCUAUCUGUUCUUGUUGUGGAGCUAUAGAACAUGCAGUGUAUGUUAAUGAUGAGCCCUCUGAUGAUGAGUAUACUUUGGGGUAGAAUUAAUAAUCCUUUGGACUUUUCAUUUAACUGUGUUGUGGUGCUAUUCCAAACACAGCAAAAGGCUUAAAAGGAAAGAAUCAGCCACUUUCUGCCUUUCAGCUAUUAAAACUAAGUAGCAGCACAGGCUAGGAAAACCUUUCUAAAUAACCUAUUUUAAUACUAUUCAAUUAGUAGCACAUGCAUUUUCACUCACUUCUUGUCAUGAGGAAGGAACUCUGUGCAUUCAGAUGGCACUGCAGGACAUAUAUUCACAAGGACAACACUAGACAUGGUUGCACCAUAUGUUGGAGGGUGUGGAAGAGAUUGAUGGGUUUGUACACCCAUGUGGCACAGGACACAUCAAAGCACAUAUGCAAGUCUCCAAGGGUGUGUAGCCACAUGCUCCCAGUGUGCCUGAGCUAACGCAUUCUGUCCCUCAGAGUGGCAAACUUGCAUGGGCAUAACUCUGUACUGUCCUGACUUCACAGUUUCUGUUCCCAGAGCCAGCUUGGGCAUCUCAGAGGAGCGAUGGAGGAACCAGUAGGCCAAAAGACCCGUAACUACCACUUGAGGCACCCAAGACCAAAACUUCAUUGUUCACACUCUUUAGACAGUUUCUACCACUUAAUUUUCUGCAGCUUCCAAUAUCCUAAUGUGUCCAGGAAACAUCCAUGUCUUGGCAGCAGUACACUGAUCAGUGCAUUUAUCAAACCUGUGCCCCACUGGCUUUUCUCUUCAUGUGUGUUCAGCACACAAAGCGUGCAGGGACCUUCUCCAGCCCUCUAAAAACAUGAGAAGGUUGCCUAUGCCACUGCAAUGAUUUCCCCUUCUAAAGUCAGCUAUUUGGACAUCUGGUGAGAGAUGGAAUAUGCAGAUUUAAAAUGGAAAAGAUAUAGUAUGGGCACUGUCCAUAAUACUGGGAACUGGGUAUUUUUUGAUAGGUCUCUUCUAGUGCCUUGCAUUUAAAGUUUAAUUUUGACUAACAAGAGUAAAAAUUUGGGGAAAGGUAAAAAGCAGAAAGAAACUUGAGUAAUACGUGACUUGAGAUUCCAGCUUCUGUUCAAAUGAGUAAUAAAAAUAUAUGAAGCUAAGUACAACAGCUUUACCAGCAAAGGCUCAAAGAACCUAGCUCUUGUGCUUGGUAGCCAGACAUGGAGUGAUCUGUGCAGUAGUAAGAGACUAAGCCUUGACUCCAAGAGUCUGGUUGAAAAAGAUUAUAAUGGAGCUUGGCACCUCUUCAUGGUGCCAGAGGGACAGUGUGUCUUAUCUACACCUGUGCUGUAGGUGAUGUCCAGCACAGCUCUCAGCUUUUGGGAGGCCAGAGAAGAAGUCAGGAACCCGAGGAUUACAGGAUGAAUGAGGAACAAUGUGUUUAAAAAUUGUGUUUUCAGUGCUGUGCAUAGUCCCUCACAAAUCCAGCCUAAGGCACAUAAUUACCCUUUCUGCUACCUCUGGCAUGCCCCCAUAACAACAUGGCAGGGCCUUGUCAAUACCAUGACUGCCAUAUGUGGAAACAUGCAUUGAAAGGCGUAACACAUGGACAUUUCAGGUACUAUUAAUUGUGUUGCAACUCAUCUACAUAGAUCUAUUGCUUUAGUGAAGGUUUACCUCUUAUCUCCAUAUCUUCUUUAGCAUGACUAACAUUAGAACAUUAGUCAUAAUAGGCAGUGCUGUAGACAUCAAUAUUAAUACAUAUUCAAGAGUUAUGUUAUGGAUUCUGAAACUAAUUAAGUGAUUAUUGAAUCACUGUUUCAUGCUCAGAAAGAAAACCCUCUGAGGCUUUGCUAGGUUUUGGUUUAGUUGUUUGGUUUUUUUUAUUUUUGGUAUCUUAAGGAUUUUUGGUUUUACUGUAACACUUUAGUAUUCUUCUUCCCCCAGCUAUAAAUGAGAGAAAGCAGCU